UUACGUUUAAUAAAAAGAAGAAGACAAUAUUUACAAUUGUUGCUGGAAUAUUAAAAGAAAAACAAUUUUAUGCAAAAUUUAUUAAAAACAAUUAAAAAAUAAUAUUUUUAUUACCAUAUUUUAAUACUUUCCCAAACAACAAAGUGUCAAAAUGCGUACUUGUUCUUUGUGUAAAAAGAAGAAACCACUUAAAAGUUGCGCCUUCUUUGGCAUUCCAAAAGAUGAACGCAGAAGAAAAUUAUGGAACGAGGCCUGUCGUCUAGACUUAUCAACAAGUGCCCGCAUAUGUGAAAAUCACUUUUUGUCAACCGAUAUAGUAAUAGGAUCGAAAAAACCUUAUUUACUGCCUAGUGCUGUGCCUGCUAUUCAGACAAAAUUAACUGGAAUGGCUUUAACAUAUACCACUUGUGCCCUAGGUUGCCCAAACGAUAAAGACCUUUAUAGAUUUCCCACUAGGAGAAACGAUGAAGAAAGAAGAAAAUUGUGGCUAGAUUUUUUUGAAAUGGAAGAACCUAAUCUUGAGGAUUUGUUUGCUUGUGAAAGACACUUUUCUAAUUUACAAUCCAAUGAGAAAGGUAUCCUUUUGACUGCAGUUCCCGAUGUCUCUGUAAGACAUAAUACUUUAAAAUCACCAUUAACAAGUAAACCCAACAAAUCAAGAAAAAAUCUCACUUUAACUAAAAGUCCAGAAGAUAUAACUUUUAAAAACCAACAAGGAGUUCUAACACAAAACGUCUAUAACAUUAAUAACAAUGUACAAGAACCUGCAUUAUAUCAAGACAAUCCUGUGGUGGAAAUUUACCUUAACAAACCGAAAACAAAAGUGGCAGCCACACAAACACAAACUCGUCUUUGUGCCACUGUACAAGCAUCCGAAUUUGCCGAUGAAUAUCGUUUUAAUUGUUUCUAUUGUUGUAAAACAUUUCCGUUAUCAUACUGGAAAAAAUUCGUAAAUCAUUUAAAAAAGAAACACUUUGAAUAUGAAAAAGCUUUCGAAAUCAGCAAAUAUGUAACACAGGAUCAUGAUUAUACAGCAUUAGCUUCACCAACGCCUUCUUUAGUAGAUAUUGAUAAUAAUAUAAUAAAAACUCAAAAAGAAGAUACUCUGGUUAUUGAAGCUAGUUCGUUACUGCCUUAUUUAGUGGAAUCACUAGAAACGUCUAAUAAAUCUUUGGAAUGUGAUAUUUUAAGUUCGAAUUUUUGUUUAGAAACAGAGGAGGAGAAUGCGGAAAAUUUAAAUGAUUUGAUAAAAGUGCCUUCGUCGGAAAAGAACAAAACAAUUAAGAAAGGGAAUAUUAAACAAAGGAACAUAAAAUUUUUUUUGGGAAAAAGUAAACAAAAGGUAAUCUCUUCAGGUGUACUUUAUUUAAAGAACACCAAACAGCAAACAACAAAAACAGCUUUAAGUCGCUGUCUUAAGAGAUCCAAUACAAUUGAAACUAUCAUGCCCGAGGAAAAUGAAUAUCUUACAUGUGAAGAGGAAUGUGAAGAACCUUCUACUAACAAAAGGUUUCAACAGGAGAGCACUGAGCUUUCUUUCGAAUUCACACCUAGUGAUAUAAUCAAUUCACUGCUAGAAAAUAUGAAAAAUUAUCCCGUUUUAUGGGAAUUUGAUGAACAGCAAUUCAAUGAAGAUUACUAUGAAGCCAUUGAAGAAUUAUGUCGUAGAAUCAAUGAAAAAUGGUCUCUAAAUAUAGAUACUUUAAGAAUGCGACGCAGUAUAAAUCGAGUACUGAGAUUUUACUGCUCCGUCUAUCCCUGUGAGAAUGUGGAAAAUGUUAAUCAAUUUACUAACUACUAUGAUAAAUUAAAUUCAUUUUUGCCAUCACCGGUGCAGAAUAUUGCUUAUGCUCGCUGUUCUCACUGUUAUAAAUGUUUUAAAAAUAUCAGCGAGUUGAGUAGGCACCUGUUGGAAGAAUACAAAUAUUUACAAUGGCCCUACAAGUGUGUACAAUGCAAGGAAUGUUUUAGGGAUAUCAAUGAAUAUGAGUUCCAUAAACGCCUGCCUCACUAUGAGGAAGUAUUUCGUUGUGAAAACUGCAAUAAGAGAUUUACUCAACGGAAUAAAUAUAAUAAACAUGUUGCCUCACACCAAACUAAAGAAAGUUCGAUAACGGAAAAACAUAAAUGCGAAGUCUGUGGCAAAGUAUUUAAACUGAAUAGUUUAUUACGGAAUCAUAUGGUCUUCCACGGGGAGAGAAAACAUAAAUGUAAUUUGUGUUUGAAGUCAUAUUAUACAAGCGCCACCCUAAGACAUCAUAUAAGAACUCAUAGUAAAGACUAUAGAUUAAUGUGUGAUAUAUGUGGCAAGGAAUUCUUACACUACAACAACCUCAAAGUACACAUGACUAAACAUACGGGUGACAAAGUCACUUGUAAUAUUUGCAAUUUAAAAUUAAGAAAAUCUAGUCUUUUGCGACAUCUCCGUACAGUUCAUGUGGCCUGUGAGGGGACCAUUGAAACUACCUACAGGGCGAAGAAUCAUCAUUAUAGAAGUUUAUUGCAGUGGCCCAAUAAACGUUAUAACCACCAUCGAAAAUAUAAUAAAGAGAAAAACUACUAUUGCCAAAUCUGUAAUAUACGUUUCGAACGCUAUAAAUUUCUGCUCGAACACAAUAAAGAAACUCACGCCGAUGCCCCCAAAUGGACGUGUAAAAUAUGCAAUUCCGAAUUUCGUCAAAAAAUAUCGAUAAAACGUCAUUAUCGUGUAAAACAUCAGUUGCAUGUGUAUCAGGCUUUUAAAUUAGUGGAUCAAGAUGAAGAUUUGGAAACAGUGUUAGCCAUUAGAGAGGAUGAAUUGGAAAAAUUAAUGGAAACUUUAUCUUAUUCUUUAAAUACUUCUGGUAAUGUAAAAAAAUUGACUCAAGCAAUAGAAGAAACAAAGGAUUUGACUGCCAAAGAAAUGUAUACUGAUGAGAAGGACGAAACGCUGCACAGUGAUUUAAACCAAGAGCAAAUAUUGUUAGUAACGGAUGAUGUAAAUACAGAGACAAAUGAAAUUAAAAUCGUUGAUGUCGAUGAUCAUUAUAUGAAUGAGUUUCUUACAAAUCUUUUAAAAUAACCAAAGAAAAGGCCUUCAAGGAUAGGGUUUUAGAGUAAAUUUUGUUUGUUUAUUAGCUAAUUAAUGACUUGCAUUUUUUAAUUACAUUAUAGUAUAAUGGUUAAACAAAUUAUAUAUUAAAAAAUGUUUAAUAAUCAAAUUAAACCAAAUGAAUUGUUAUUAAGCAGAAAUUUGUAGCAUAUAAGCUAGGUAAUUGAAUACUGUUAAAUACAUAUUAUAAUUAAAUUAUAAUUGUUUUAAAAA